AUGAAUGCAAAUUCAGGUUACUGCUGCAUCAUACCUGUACCUCAGUUACCUAGUCCAGCUGGUUAUUACUGUCCCACAGGAUCCCAGGUCCCAGUUGAGUGUCCAGUUGGUCAUUACUGUCCUCAGGACACUGUUUUCAGCCAUGAUGGCUCCAGAUGGGUCAUUGGUGCCAGUAAGCCAGUGAAGUGCCCCCUGGGAUACAGGGAGUACAAUGGAUCCAACAGAAGCACCUUCAACAACACUUGCGAACCUUGCCCUGCUGGUUACUAUGGGAACCACGAUAAUCGCCAGGUCUGCCGCAAAUGCCAAGCAGGGGUGGUCUGUCUUCAAGGAGCUACCACCACUGAUCCACCAUCAAACGUGAAUGACUAUGGGAUUGCAGCAGCCAGAUCUUACAUCUGUCCAAAAGAAUGGAUAAUUCAUUGGAAGAAUUUACUUUCUCCACAAUUGUUUGCAGGUCACUACUGCCCUCCGGCAAGCCCUGAGCCAAUCCCUUGUCCUAAAGGUACUUACAAUCCGAGUGAAAGAGCAGUGAGUGCUGACAGUUGCUUGAAAUGUCCCACAAAUUACUUCAACCAUUUAACAGGCCAGGGAGCCUACUUCUCCUGUGGCUCCCAGGCUGAACAGCCUGAAGAAGGACAGGACAUCUGCAUUUGCCAUCAGAAAGGGGAAAUCUUCCAGCCUACUGAUUCUCAUUGCACGUGUGCUUUGAGACACCGACUGGUAUCUAAAGGAACAAGGGCAUGUGUCAGGAAGUUGUACAAUAUCUGCCGAGAUGGGACCAGCAGAAAUCAGGAUGGAGUCUGUCUCACAAAAGAUGAGUGGAAAGAAUAUUGCUCUCUGAAGGUUUGUGCUUCCCCUGUAGAUUACCAGGGAUUUGAUGAAGUUCUCGGCCUGUGUCUCUGUCAGACAGAGAGUCUGGACAUGGUGUGCGAUUGGAAAUGCAGACAAUUACAGUGGAGCAGACUGCAGAUAACUUGUAAAGGAAGGGAACAGUUCCAUAUCACUUUCAGAGAUGGUUCAAAGGUUGAUGUGCCUUUGAAAGAUAUUGGAAGAGUUUUGAACAGCAGGAACAUUAUCAAAGGAGGCCUGUGUCACAAACAACAGCCAGUGCACUUGGUGGAAAUGUCUGAUAAAGGUUUUCUGGGUGUAUAUGAUCCAGAUCCCAUGAAGUUGAAGAGAUUGCUGGAGAUGAACUUGCAACAUCAUCCAUUAUUAACUGUGUCUCCAGAUAAUGCAACAUCACAAAGUCCUGAAGAUCCUGGACCUCACUGGUCACGAAUACCCCAGGUUGCUGACUCUACCACAAAUGGCACCUUGUUUUUGGGCAUCAUCAACCCCACAACCUGCAUCCACAUUGGGAGUAUCAUCAUGUUCAUUGUGUCCAAUAGAUAUUAUCCUGUGUAUGACAUUGAAAAUCUUUACAACACCAACAGUGAGUUUGACUGGGGAGCAUUGCGUGACCUUACAGAGGAGAUGGAACCCAACUCAAGCACAUCUUGGCUUUUCUUGUAUCACUUCAGCCAGCCUGGGGUACAUGUCUUUCAAAUGAACAAGGAUCCUAACAAGAAGAUGUAUAUCCAAGUGAUGCCUGUCAGAGGCCAGUGCUAUGAAGAAGGCCCUUUCUUCCCAACCACAGCCAGAAAUAUGGUCUGCAUCGGUAUCAGCAGGAGCAGAGACUUAUGGCUGAAUCCAGACUGGUUCCUCAUUUCCAGCUUGCUGAUAGCAUCAGUCGUAAUGGUCGGUGUCUGUGCAGGAUUGUUGAUUGGCGUCAAAUCACCUGUGUUAUGAAGGAGGUGUCAACAUCUCACUUGAUAAUUAAAACCGAAACACCCAGAGAAGCUCACCCCACCUCGUAAUCUGCUAAUGAAGUCUGGAAAAACUUGCCUGUCACCACCCCCCAACCUGUUAUAAAGGGGAAGUUAAAUGAAAUGAAUUACUGAUACUCACUCUUUAC